UGCUACUUGGUGGUAUUUACAAAAGGUGUCUCACGAUGACAACUUGCCUGCUCUGUUUUUGUAGCAACCUCAGAAAGCAAAUUUUAUUUAUUUUUUGAUAAUUAAUUUUGCGCAUUGAAGCGUUACGUAUUACGUAUAGCCGGGAUGAAGACGAGACCGCGCGUUUCACCACAAAAACCCAAAAACCCCGAAGCUAUGCUAAUAAGUCUAUUCUAAUAAUGAAGACAGUAAUCACUGCAGGAUAACGGGACUGGUUUGUGAUUCAAGUGUGAGGUAGUGCGGCUCACUGCCUGGCUAAUGAAAUGUAACUUUUGUGAUGCAGUUUAGAAAGCGGGGCUAUAAAGGUUGCUUCUUCCUGAAGAGAAACUAAUUCGCAUUAAUAAUUGAAGAUGAAAAUGGCGAAAACUCCAUUGGACAGCUCCACAGCUUUACCCACAGAGCGCGGGUGCCCAUACACGUCAGCACAGAUGAUAAACAACGGGUCUAUUCAUGUUUUACACCGCAGAGGUAAAUUUGGAGUCUGAUUUUAGUUAUGGCUCUGAAAUCCAGGAGACCGUGGACAACUCUGUUUUUUGGCAUCUUUGUUGGGUUCACUGCGUCCACAUGGCUCAUUGUGCCACAGGUUUUGGACAAUAAACGUAGGAAGCCCUCUGUAUGUUCAUACUAUGGAGAUGUCUCCGUUGGAAAAACACCGGCGGUACAGGGGGACCCCGCGUUUACGACUGACCGUGGCAGCUCCCAGAUACCCUCACAAGCGGACAAAUUGUCCAACACUGAGCGGAGUGGUCAGAACAACGGGACCAUCAGUCGGCCCAGACUAUUCCUCUACGUUGGUGUCAUGACUGCCAAAAAGUACCUGACGUAUCGGGCAGUGGCUGCUUACAAAACCUGGGCACACUCCAUUCCCGGGAAGGUGGAGUUUUUCUCCAGCGCUGGCUCAGACAAGGUCCCUAUGCCCGUCCCCGUCCCUGUGAUCUCACUGACAGGUGUGGAUGACUCCUACCCUCCACAGAAGAAAUCAUUUAUGAUGCUCAAAUACAUCCAUGACCACUACCUGGAUAAGUACGAGUGGUUCAUGCGGGCUGAUGAUGAUGUCUACAUAAGAGGUGAAAAGUUGGAGUCCUUUCUCCGGUCUCUGAACAGCAGUAAACCGCUGUACCUUGGUCAGACAGGCCUGGGCAUGGCAGAGGAGUUAGGCAGGUUGGCCCUUGAACCUGGAGAGAACUUCUGUAUGGGGGGUCCUGGGAUGAUCUUCAGUCGAGAGGUGCUACGCAGGAUGGUUCCUCACAUUGGCACAUGUCUCAGAGAGAUGUACACCACACACGAGGAUGUGGAGGUGGGACGCUGUGUGCGGAGAUUUGGAGGGACACAGUGUGUGUGGUCUUAUGAGAUGCAGCAACUCUUCUAUGAGAACUAUGAACACAAAAAAGGUUUUAUCGAAGAACUUCACAGCCCAAAGAUCCAUAAUGCUAUCACGCUUCACCCAAACAAACGGCCUGCAUACCAGUACAGACUCCACAACUUCAUGUUGAGCCGUGAGAUUUCCAGACUUCGUUAUCGCAGCAUCCUGCUUCAUCGUGAAGCACUAAUCAUGAGCCAAGCCAGUGACACACAGAUGUUAUGGGAGGAUCAACAGCUGGGUGCUCUACCUUCAUACAUGCGCUUCCAGCCCAGUGAUAGAAAUGAUGUGAUUGAGUGGGAUUUCCUGACUGGCCGCCAUAUUUACUCUGCAGUAGAAAACAAGAUGGCGAGACAAAGCCUUGGAAAUUCUCUUCGAACUGCAUUAGAAGAUAUUAUUAUGCAAGUCAUGGAAAUGAUAAAUGAGAAUUCAAAAACACGCGGCCGUGUUAUUGACUUUAAAGAGGUGCAGUAUGGUUAUUACCGAGUAGAUCCAAUGCAUGGUGCUGAAUACAUAUUAGAUCUACUGCUUUUGUACAAAAAGCAUAAAGGACGUAAGAUAACAGUGCCUGUGAGGCGGCAUGCUUAUCUGCAGCAGUCCUUCAGCCAGCCUUUUGUCACUGAGACUGAAGAGUUGGAUGUGAAUGAACUUGUGGCUGCCAUAAACUCUGAGUCACAGAGUUUUUUGUCAAACUCUCUGAAGUUCUUGUCUUUUCAGUUUUAUGAGCCGACCAAGGAGAUGUGGGACCAAAGUCAGAAGAAAGUCCACAUCCUUGUACCACUGUCAGGUCGUUAUGAAAUAUUUGUGCGCUUUAUGGACAACUUUGAAAAAGUUUGUUUGAUUCCUAAACAAAAUGUAAAACUCUCCAUAAUUCUAGUUGAAAAUGAAAACAGUCAACUGAAAGGGAAGCAUGCUCAGUUAAUUGAAGACUACAGCAAAAAGUACCCAAGAGCAGACCUCACUGUUAUUCCUAUGACUGGAAACUUCUCAAGAGGACUUGCUUUGGAGAUCGGCUCCGCUUUGCUCGACAAUGACACUCUCCUCUUCUUCUGUGAUGUUGAUCUUAUUUUUACAGCUGAUGCCGUGCAACGAUGCAGAGAGAAUACUGUUCAGGGUGUACAAGUAUAUUUUCCCAUAGUUUUUAGCCAGUACAACCCUAAAAUAGUUUAUGCAGAAAACAAUCCAAGAGAUAACAAAUUUGUGAUCACUAAAAAAAGUGGGUUCUGGCGUGAUUAUGGUUUUGGAAUCACUUGUAUUUUUAAAAGUGAUUUGAUAAAAGCAGGAGGUUUUGAUACCUCCAUUUUGGGAUGGGGCUUGGAGGAUGUAGAUUUAUACACUAAAAUGAUUAAUUCUGGUUUAAAAGUUUUGCGCAGCCAAGAACCAGGAAUUGUGCAUAUUUAUCAUCCUGUUCACUGUAAUGCCAGUCUGGAGCAAAAACAAUUCAAAAUGUGCCUUGGGUCCAGAGCGAGUACAUAUGCUUCAACAAUGCAGCUGGCUGAGCUGUGGCUUGAAAAACACAUGGAGGGCUUUAACAGGACCAUAUCAUAAUGAUUACUACUUCGCAGUUUACCUCAGUUUGCUGUUCUGGAAAUUAAAAUAUCAAAAUUAAAAUAAGAAUACAUUUAAAAAAAUAUUUAUUUACUUUACAAUUUGCAAUUAUGUUAUAAGUGAGUAGAAUCUCAAAGUAAAUAAACCGUUCACAGAUUUAUUAAGCUACCUCUUUUCUUUUUCACUGCCCUUUGCUAAAUACAACACAUGCUGGAAUAAUAUAUUUUUUAAAUUUGAUAUAGUAGUAAUUGACGCGGAUCAUUUUCCACAGAUUUGCAAAAUAACUUACCCAGUGUCACACUGGUCGGUACUUUUUAAGGAAUAAUCAUUUGCAUAUUUUUUAUUAUGGACUGAUUUAUGAUGAUGUUUUGUAGGCCUAUAGCCCACAACAUAAUUGUGAGUUCUAUGAUGUAGUGGACUACCACUGUACUGUGUACCACAUGUCCAGCUACAUUGUCAAAAAUGUUCAUUAAAAUGUAUUCUGGCAAUAAUUUUAAAUAAAUAUAAAUAAAUGUAUGCAUGUAUGUAUGCAUGUAUGUAUUUAUGUGUAUGCUAACUA